AUGGCAAUGAAGAUUAUAGAGGCAGCGCCGGCUCGCCGGGUGCUGCGAUGGCAGUCGACAAUGACACGGCCAAGGGGCUGGGUUUGCCACUCCUGCCGGAGCAACGUCGCCGUCGCAUCCCGCCGCUUUUUGUCAACACCACCGUCGGCGACCGACAAGCCCUACUAUGUCACGACGCCCAUCUUCUACGUCAAUGCCGCACCACACAUUGGGCACAUGUACACGACCGUGCUGGCCGACGUGUUCAAGCGAUGGCAGACACUGCUAGGGAACCGGGCCUUUCUGUGCACCGGCACUGACGAGCAUGGAAUGAAAGUGCAGCAAGCAGCCUCCCUAGCCGAGAUGGCCCCCAAGCAAUUCUGCGACGAGAACGCCGAGAGGUUUAAAGAGCUGGCCCACCUGGCGCGCGUCGACUACGAUCGCUUUAUCCGCACUACCGACCCCGAUCACGUCGAAGCUGUCGAGCAUUUUUGGUUCUUGUUGCGGGACAAGGGUCUCAUCUACGAGACCAAACAUGAGGGCUGGUACAGCGUGAGCGAUGAGUGCUUCUACCCAGAGUCCCAGCUCGUCAAGCAUCAGGAGGCCUUCACGGGCGCUGUGUACAUGGCGUCGGCCGAGACCAAGAGCAAGGUGGAAUGGGUCGAGGAGAAGAAUUACUGCUUUCGCAUGACGGAGCUGAAAGACAGGCUCCUGAAAUUCUACGAGAAGAACCCGGAAUGGAUAGAGCCGGCCUAUCGCAUGAACGAGGUUGUCCAUUGGGUCAAGAACCAUCUCGAAGACCUCUCCAUCUCGCGGCCCGUCCAGCGGCUGAGCUGGGGCAUCCGCGUCCCCGGUGACCCGUCUCAGACCAUAUAUGUCUGGGUUGAUGCCCUGAUUAACUACCUCACCGCCGCCGGCUUCCCUGACUGGGCGCCUGGGGAGUCGCACAAAGGGGGCUGGCCGGUCGACCUCCAUAUCGUCGGCAAGGAUAUCCUUCGGUUCCACUGUGUCUACUGGCCCGCGCUUCUCAUGGCGUUGGAUCUUCCCCUGCCGAAGAAAGUGCUGGUUCACUCCCACUGGACCUUGAACAAAAGAAAGAUGUCCAAGUCGCUUGGGAAUGUGGUCAACCCAAUUUAUGCCAUCAACCGAUGGGGAGUCGACACAACUCGGUUCUAUCUCUUAUCAGAGGGCGGCAUUGCCGAUGACGCGGACUACAACAACAACACGCUCGUCAUCAAGUACAAGAAGUUUCUGCAGUGGGGCUUAGGCAACCUGCUCGGUCGCCUCACGAGGCCCAAAGCUUGGAAGCUACGAGACAUCAUAGUGAACUCGUUCAAUGAGAAGGCUGCAUCACGCCCCCAGCUCUCCAAUACAUUGCACCGGGCCGUAGCUGACUUUGAGCACGCGCUGGCCGAGUUCGCGCCUACUGUUGCGGGGCGCAUGGAAAAACACAACCCCGUCGGCGCCAUCCGCAAAGUCCUGGAGACAGGCACCCAGUUGAACGAAUUCCUAUCGCAGACACAGCCCUGGGCUCUGGUGAAGUCGCCGGACCCCACACAAAAGGCUGCAGCUGAAAGGGUACUGUUCCUGGUAGCCGAAGGCUUACGCAUCUCCGGCAUUCUACUACAGCCGUUUUUACCGGACAAGGCUGCCCAAUUGCUUGACAUUCUGGGGGUUGCCCCGGACAAGCGGUCCUUUGCCCAUACCGUCCUGCGGUGUGACCCGGAUUAUGGUGUCCCAAUGUCGGAUCCAGGAAGGAGUCGCCAGGAUGGCCUCUUCCCUCCCUUGAUUGAGGAUUCCGUCAUCGAGUUUGGCGGGAAUAUCAAGGCGAGGAAGAAAGCGACCAGCACGGACGCCAUCGUUCAGACGGAGGAAUGA